AUAAAGUUUUCCAAUAAUAUAUCAGACACUGUUUCUCUGCUAUUCAUAAGUUUCUCNNNUAUCUAUCUGAUCACCAUGGUGGGGAAUCUCGGUUUGGUGGCAUUGAUUUUCAUGGAACGCCAUCUUCACACACCCAUGUACAUCUUUCUGGGCAACCUGGCUCUGAUGGAUUCCUGCUGUUCCUGUGCCAUUACCCCCAAGAUGUUACAGAACUUCUUUUCUGAGGACAAAAUGAUUUCCCUCCAUGAAUGCAUGACACAAUUUUAUUUUCUCUGCCUUGCUGAAACUACAGACUGUUUUCUCCUGGCAGCAAUGGCCUAUGACCGCUAUGUCGCAAUAUGUAGUCCACUGCAGUACCACACCAUGAUGUCAAAGCAACUCUGCAUUCAGAUGACGAUAGAAGCCUACAUAGCUGGAAACCUACAUUCCAUUAUUCAGGUAGCACUUCUAUUAAGGUUAUCCUUCUGUGGAUCUCAUAAAAUCAAUCACUUUUUUUGUGAUCUUCUUCCAUUAUAUAGACUCUCCUGUGUUGACCCUCAUAUCAAUGAACUGAUUGUACUUAUCUUUUCAGGGUCCAUUCAAGUCUUCACUAUUUCCAUAGUCCUAAUCUCUUAUCUUUGCAUCCUUUCCACAAUUUUCAAAAUGAAAUUCAAUGAAGGAAGGGGCAAAGCCUUAUCUACCUGUGCGUCUCACUUUCUCUCUAUCUCAAUGUUCUAUGGUUCUCUACUCUUUGUGUAUAUUCAGCCACGCUCAGAUAAAGAAGAAGAUAAAGAUAUACCAUUUGCUAUUUUUUAUACUAUAGUAAUUCCUUUAUUAAACCCCUUUAUCUAUACUCUAAGAAAUAAAGAAGUAAUAAAUGUUAUGAAAGUAAUUUUGAAGAAGAGAGAACCUCAUGACAUUCUGAAACAAACAUUAUCUUCUGGUACAAAUUGA